AUGACCGCCGCGACGACCAACCUCUGGUCCACACCCAAAGCGGGCCCCUCGCAGCUGGGCCCAGCGGUGACUCACACGCGCACGCGCACGCCCAACCGGCCCGGCCCUCAAGCGGCGCAAGAGACGUCCAUGCCCUCCGAUAGCACAUCAACGUACAGCGCAUCACUACACAGUGCGAGCGCUUCAGUGCACUCGGGUCUGGGUUCGGGGCGCAACCUCAGCAACCUGUUUCUACGGCACGGCUCUCUUCCGCGCACGGCGAAGAGCGUGCGUUCAGGGCAGAGCAGCUCGGGAUUCGAGGACGAUGUCGAGAUGAUGCCUCUCCCCCGCAAGAAGCGAAUACAGGAGCAUCACGGGGCGCGCAUUGACAGGCGCAAGGCGGACGCGGCCGUCUCCAAGUGGAGGAAAUGGAUUGUCGAGCAACCCCAACAAGCUGCAGGGGAAGCGUCAGCCGCGAGCGCGUCGAGCUUUCUGUUCCACACGGACGGCCGCUCGGGGGAUACAGAAUCGAACCCAACCCCACCCUCCACCAUUGGGCGGUGCGGGCCCCGAGACUUGUCGGCGCACGGCUCGUUUGCAGGCCCGAGCUCCAGUGGAUCGGUCCCCUGGAAUGCUUCGGGACCGUCAUCUGAGACAUCACACCCUUGUCGGACCUUGAAGACCCCAGUGCCCUUUGCGCUCGACAUCUACACUACAGAGUCAGUGCGUGCCCUGCACGACGUCGAGCUGGCGGUCGAUCCAGCGUGGCUCGAGGCGAGUGUUGCUCCAAGACAAGUUCGGCGAUUGUCCACUCAUCCACGCGUAUCACCCGAAAUGGAGAACCCAUUCGCAGCGAUCGACACGCUCCUCUCGCGCCGCCGCAUUCGGCCGCUCGUGCUCGAGCUCGUCCAGGCCCUCGGCUCAUACAUCGACGCCGUGUGGUGCACUACCUAUCCUGACCGGCCGUGUCCGUGGUCUGGCGUGCCAUCGUCGCGGCGCGGGUCGCUCGCCUCAAAUGCCAAGGGGUGGAAAAGCUGGACCAUCACCGCUGUGCAGGAGGGGAAGCGACUAGGGUUGUUGAACUCGCCGCCAACAGCUGAAGACGUCGCGUUCUACGGCCGCGAGAUCCGCUAUGGUCUACGAGAUAUUGACGAGGCCGUUAAUCGCCGCAAGGAUCUCGGAUGGGCGUUUGGUGAGACCGUGGUGCGCGGAGGGUAUGGGGACAUUGUGCCAAGCAACGUCUUGACAGAUGGUCGCGCUGGCAACAUCCCACGCCUGCUCAACGAUCUCGAGGAGGCACUAUGGGGCGACGCGUUGCCAGCUCCCUCGGACCUUGCGUUCGAGCACGAUCGCGACUUUGACCCGUUCAGCGUGUAUCGCGAGGGCGACGAGCUGAUUGGUGUCCAGCACCAGGCAUCCAGCGAUCGCGACAUGGAGCUCCGCAAGCUCUUCAGUGAAUAUUAUCCCAGUGGGGAGAAUGCGCAGCAUCCUAACCCGACCGAUGUGCCGGGGCUCAGCUGCUCACCCAGGAGCCGCUUCGACGAGUCGCUUCACACGCCCGUCGACGACGCUGUGCCGACAAUGGCCCCAGUGCCCGAGCUCGACUUUGCCAUCAUCAGUGUACUACAGGAGAUGAGCCGGGAGGAGCAGCUUGAGCUCGGACGUCGGCGCCACCAGGAGUAUCUGCGGAAGCGGAGCGAGUUGCAGACCGGCGGCGAGGAGACGGGGGAGAACAGCGUGUAG